AUGGGAAAGGGGCAUGGAGUGAAAGAAGAAGACAACAAGCUGAGAGCCUAUGUUCUAAGAUAUGGCAUUGGAACGGCGGCACUGCCUAAAUUUGCCGGUCUAUCUAGGUGUGGCAAAAGUUGCAGACUGAGAUGGAUGAAUUACCUGAAGCCUGGUGUUAGAAGAGGCAAGUAUACCAUCGAAGAGGAGGAUCUAAUAAAAUUACAUGAACAAUAUGGGAACAGAUGGUCAGCGAUUGCAGCAAAAUUACCAGCAAGAACGGAUAAUGAUAUAAAAAAUCACUGGCACACUCACCUCAAAAAGCGCUACAAAGAAAGUCCAAUUUGUGAAGGAUCCCAGCAUAUAGAUGAUGCAGAUCAAAAUGAGCAAUCUUCUGCAAUGUUUACAUCCGGUUCCAGUACUGAUCAAAAGACAGAAGUGGAUCCAACAACUUCUGCUUCUGAUUCUCUUGAUGCUUAUACGGAUAUCUCUUUCUAA